CUCCACAACAAGUUGAUCCCUGAAGUGCGUGGGAUGGAAUAAUUUAAGGAUAAGGACUGCAGAGAUCUCAGAUAAUACGAGUUAAAUCUAAUGAAGCAUUUAUACACCAUGACAGACAGACAAUAAGCUUCCUGCCUGUUGCGUUUCCUCAUCUCUGCGUCUUAACAGUUUGUAAGUAGUGAUUUUAUUUCGGAAAGGGACGUGUUGGAUUAUUAACCAGUGGAUAUCCUCGGGCCAAGCUAUUAACGGCGCGUUUCCUGCUUUUAAGGAAUAUACGACAGGUGACUUUAUGUAGAGGUACAACAUGUCCUUCAGUAUGAGACUGUUUGCUUUACUUUUCAUUAUCCCGUUGUGCGCAUCCUCUCCUCUGUCAGCCGGUCCAGCUGCGGAGAGCCGCUGCUUCGGCCGAGCUUGCAACCCCCGCAUUGGCAACUUGGCCCAGGGUCGAGUGCUGAGCACCCAGUCGGUCUGCGGCUCCAACUCAUCUGAGCCUUACUGCUUCUAUAAGCAGACCGCUGCCCCCCGCAUCAGGGAGUCCUGCUCGGCAGCAAAAUGCGGCAAAUGCAACGCAGCUUUCCCCAGCCAGGCGCACCCUCCCUCUGCCAUGAGCGACUCCUCUUUCCGCUACCCUGACACUUGGUGGCAGUCUGCAGAAGGGGUGAAGGAGGAAACGCUCCAGCUCGACCUGGAGACUGAGUUCAUCCUCACCCACCUCAUUCUAGUGUUCCGCUCCCCCCGCCCCGCUGCCAUGGUGCUGGAGCGCUCUCAAGACCAUGGGCGCACAUGGAAGACCCUCAGGUAUUUUGCCAGGGACUGUGAGGAGGUGUUUGGCCUGGUAGAGGGGUCGCCAGGUGGGGAGAGUGGAGCUACCUGCACCUCCAAGUAUUCAGGAGCUUUCCCCUGUGCCAGAGGAGAGGUGAUUUAUCGAGCCUUGUCGCCCUGGCAAUCGGUGGAUCCCUAUGGACCAGCCGCCCAGGAACAGCUCAUGAUCACCAACCUGAGAGUCCGUCUGCUGCAGCGCCAGUCGUGUCCGUGCCAGGCCAAACAUCCUGGUGCUGACGUCCUCCCCACAGACCAUUAUGCCAUCUAUGAUUUUAUUGUCAAAGGCAGUUGCCUUUGCAAUGGACAUUCUGACCACUGCAUACCAGCCAGGGGCUACCAACCCCGCCAACAGAAGACCAGUAAUAUGGUCCACGGCAAGUGUGUUUGCAGACACAACACAGCCGGUGACCACUGCGAGCGCUGUGCUCCUCUCUACAAUGACCAACCCUGGCAGGCUGCCAAUGGCAUCAUAGGGACACCGAAUGAGUGCCAGAAGUGCAAGUGCAAUGGUCACGCCAAGAGCUGUCACUUCAGUCGUGGACUGUGGCUCGCAACAGGACGGCGGAGUGGUGGCGUGUGUGACGACUGCCUUGACAACACAGAAGGCCGUCACUGCCAGAACUGUAAGAAGGGCUUCUUCAGAGACCCCAGCCGACCAAAAACAGCCCCUGACUCCUGCAAACCCUGUUCCUGCCACCCUGUAGGCUCGGUCCUCUCAGGUGGUAGCACUCUAUGUAACCCUAGCAGUGGGGAGUGCACUUGUAAGCCCGGUGUCGGAGGACCCCGCUGUGACAGCUGCAUGCAGGCAUACUGGGGGCUUCAUGAAUACGGCUGCCGUCCAUGUGACUGUACAGGGGACUGUGACCCCUACACUGGUGACUGCAUUUCUGGCUCUGAUGUGGAGGUCUUCUAUACAGCCACUGGCCACAUGGGACACAGCAGCAAUAAUAGUGAGACGGCACUCUUUAGGGUAGAGGAGCUUUUCUCUGCACUGCACCACUCUGAGAAAUGUGAGUGUGUAGAAGUGACCCUUGGCAGCACUAAACUCUUCUGUGCUGCGGAGUAUGACUAUGUGCUGGUGUUGAAGGUAAUGUCAGCUCAUGAUAAAGGCUCCCAUGCAGAGGUGGAGGUCAAGGUCAAGAAAGUCUUACACCAAAACCCUCACAUGAAGAUCCAGAGGGGAAACGUCACCCUUUACCCAGAGUCCUGGACCACCCAAGGCUGUACCUGUCCCAUCCUCAACCCCGGAUCAGAAUAUGUAGUGGCUGGUCACGAGGACUGGAAGACCGGUCAGCUGAUGGUCAACACCAAGAGCCUGGUUAAACCGUGGAAGUCAACCCUGGGACGCAAACUCCUUCACAUCCUCAGAAAAGACUGUGGCCACUGGUAGGGCAUCGCCAAGAACUGUUGUGGACAGAGGGACGGAGAGGUGGAGGAUCGUCUGUGAAAUGCAGAUUAUUUGUGGGACGAGUUGAAGGAGUGCACAAAAUGAACAGAGGGACUGUGUGAAUUAGGCAUUUUGCUUGGAUGUUAAAAUGAAAGCAAACCCCUAUGCCUGCUACAGGGAUUUCAGUGUUUCUUCUGUUUUCCACAGCCCAAACAAACCACUGUGGCGCUACAGUGCCGUGGUUGCUGUUAACCUGUGGUAGAAAUAAGCACACUUACUACUGUAAGCAGAUACCUCACCAGAACUUUAGUCACCUAAGAAUCAAAGAGAACAAAGCAAACCAUCGGGACUCUUGUCUGGACAAAGUUGACGUUGGUAUUUCAUUCCUGUGCUACUGUAUGAUAUUCCUGAGCUCACCUCCGUCUAGGUUAUUUAUAAAAAUUUAAGGAAUGUAUGUUAAAUACUCAGUUAUUUGCUGACCAAAGAUGCUGUCAGAGCUGAUGAGCCAAAACAUAGUCACGUACUAUUGUAUCAAUUUCAUUGAGAGCUGUUUACUUUGAAAUCUUGCAAAGGCGCAGAAUUAUUCUUGUCGUCUCGCAGAUAUUGCCGAUAAAUCAUGGAUGAGUCAACAUCAGAAUGUGUGUGUGUGUGAGCGUGGAUGUGUGCAUAUGCUUGAUGUCCUUGGCGGGGAGUCUGGGACUGUACAGGUCAGAACAAGUAACUCCUGGAUGAGGGGAGAGGAUGAAAAAAACAUUAAAGGAAUCAGACGGCUUAAUCUGAACAGCUCUUCUCUGCUCCGGCACACUCGCCCGCCUGCUGUCUGACAAGAGCAAAACACACCCUCUCUGGUCUGGAGUACAUGCAACGGGCUAAAAUACUUGGGAUUGAGUUUGCUCUUAAAGCUGCUUCAGUUACAAGAGUGAAUCAUUUUCAGGUUCUGUGAGGAUUUUCUGCUGUCCUUGUUCAACCUGCUCCCAUAUGAGGAGAAUUCACUUGAGAAGGCCUCUCUGAACCUGACCCUGUGGGAGCUAAUGUGUGUGUGUGUGUGUGAGAGAGAAAGAGAGCACACACUCUCUUAACAUAUGCUUCUCUUUUUGGCCUGUGACUUCUGCUGUGCCAAAAUAAGUACGUAUUAAAAGCCCGGGUAUUCAUUGACAUCAGUGUAUCAUAUCCAGAGUCCACAGGCCAUUUUGAGCCAGUUAAGAAUAGUCUUGGUCGGUUGUCUCCAAGGAGAAGGACAAACUCUGUGAGGAGACAUGAUGCAUUCCUCAACCAUGACAUCACCGCCCAUGUCCUUGUCCCAAAGACUUUACCAAAAUAAGAGAAAAUGGGGUUGAUUUUCAUGUAAAGGACAAAGUGGUGAUUUAGGGUGCUUGAAUGUACUCUGCUGUCAAUGUGAUAUUUGUAAUGCUAUUUCCGUGUGUCCUAUAUGUUCUUUUUCAUCUAAACUACAUAAACUACA